AACGUUCCCAGUUAACGAAGUUUCUUUGAAUUUGUGUUGUUGACGAAAACGCUGUUUUCAGCGUUUUAUUUUAUAAUUUCCGUAAAUUUGUUAAUUAACCCGUUGAAAGGUGUUGUGACAGCUCCUAAUUUGUCAUUUUACCCACACAGUGUCAAAGCUCACCCAAAACUUGAUACUUGAACGGUUGCGAGCCACAAAUUCGUCCAAAUCUUGUGAUUUACACGUGUACAACCACCCAUUUAUUUAGCUGUUUUGCGAAAUGUCGAAUCCAACUUUCAAGCCGUCCGAGGGAAAACGCGAGGAGUUCCGUAAGUACCUGGAGAAGAAUGGGGUUAUGGAUGCCUUAACCAAGGUCCUCGUCAAUCUUUACGAGGAGCCUGAGAAACCCGAAGAUGCUUUAGAGUACAUUCGGGACCGCUUGGCCAUGCAAGCAGGGAUCGAGACCUUCGCUCAAAUGAAAACGAAGAUAGAUGAGUACCAGGCCCGCGUUGAGGCUCUCAACCAAGAGUUGGAGGAGCUGAGGAUCAGUAUGGAGCCUCCAGCUCCGGCUGACGAGGAAGGCGCUCCCUUGGAGGAAGGUUUUGAGCCAACUGGGGGCGACGAGAACCCGCCGGAGGAGGCAGCGGCCGCGGCGGCGCCCUCUGAAGAGGCCCCAGCUGAACAGCCUCCAGAAAACGCCGACCAGUGAUGCUCCUCUUUGCCAUAUUAUACAUUGUUUUUUA